AUGAAAGCGUUCUUCGUAGUCACUGUUUUCGUAUUAUUCGUAAUUGCUCAUAUUGAAGCAACAUCAAACCAGAAAAUAAUUCGAAAUAUUCAACAAACAUUAAAUGAAUUAAAAGAAGACGAAGAAAUCCGAUCAUCUUUUCGUCGUACGAAUAAAUUAAAAGAAAUUGAACGUCUGUUAACUGAAUUAAAUGAUUGUGAUGAACAAGGUCACUACACAGGAGGACGAGAGGAUGUUUAUAGAGACAAUUACUCAGAUAGACGAGGUCGAAGAAUGAUAUGGAUCCCAAUACUGAUUAUUGCAGCAAGUACAGUUUUUCUUCUCUUAGCUGGAAACGAAUCACGUAAAUUCAUCUCUGGUCUCAAACAACUGUUACACAAAGUUGGUAUACGUAAUAUUCGUUUCGGAUUUAGAAAACAUAAAACAAUCGGAAAACAUAAUUCACUCUCACAGAAAUAUAAAGGGAAAGAUUGGCGGAAAGUUGGAGUAGUGUAUAGUAUUAGUUGUAAUGAUUGCGCAAAAGUUUAUGUAGGACAAACAAGUAAUGAAGUAACGUUAAGAAUGGAACAGAAUAAAAGGAAAAUUGCACCACAAGAUAUGGAUGCAAAAAUAGCUGUACAUGCCACACAUAAUAAUCAAACAUUGAAUUUGAAAGAACCGAUAGUUAUGGCUUAUGAAAGAAACGAAAUAAAACGACAGAUAAAAACACUUUUAAUAGAUAUACACAGAGAAUUGGCCUACAAUGACAUAUCUUUAAAGACGAUUAUUUUCUAAUCAUCUCUUUUCUAAUUAAAGUUGCCUAGUCAAGUUUUCGUAUAUAUAACUUAUCUCUCUUUUCCCAUUUCACUUCCAGUUAUUUGCCUGCUGAUGAUAGCAGAUUAGUAUCCAAAGCUCGCAAAAAUUGUAAAAUGCCUUGACUUAACGUGUUUUCAAUUGUAUUUAAUAUAUUAUAUUUCCUGAAAAACUUAAAACGACAAAAAACUAUCAAUGUAUUUGAGUUCAUCAGUUCUAAAUACGAACGAUCUGUAUUAACUGUGCUGAGAUAUGUGGACAGAACGAUGAGAAAGGUGAUAAAAGUUCAAUGUGAUAUCGAAUUCUUAAGGCACUGUCUAUUGUUUGCGAUUACUUCAAAGUUUAUUCGGUUCAAAGUUUACAAAAGACAAAAUGCUAUGAAUGAAUCUGAGUGUCUCUUCACGAGAACUUCAUAUUUUCUUUCAGGAAACUACAUGUUUUUCCACGAGAAAUUGAGCUUAUCUGUGGAGCAACUGGAUGUUUAUUCGUGAGAAUUUUUUCUUUUCUCCGGAGAAGCUGGAUGUCUCGUCAUGAGAGCUUCAUCUUUUCUACGCAGAAAAAAAAUAUUUUUUUCUCUUUCUUCUGUAACUUUAACAUACCACGCGCGAAUAAAGUCAAAUUUCUGGAUGCAGAAACUGGAUGUUUUUCCACGAGAAAAGUUCUUGUGAAGAACCAUCCAGUUUCCGAGGAGAAAAGAUGGAUUUGUCGUGAAAAAGCAUGCAGUUUCUCCACAGAAAUUUCUCGUGGAAGAACAUCCGGUUUCUCGGGAGAAAAGGUGAAGUUCUCGUGAAGAGAUAUCCAGCUUGUCUGGAGAAAAGAUGAAUAUCUGGUGAAACAACAUCCGGUAUCUCAGGAGAAAAGAUGAAGUUGUGGUGAAGAAACAUGUUUUUCUGGUGAUUCAAAUACGUUUGGUUUUGUAAACGUUAUUUUCUCUGUUAUUUUAUGUGGAGCAAUAUUUUUUUUUUCGCUUUCUUAUAGUAUUUUCUUCGCUCUACUCAGCUACAUCAUUACCUUUGUUACCGAUUGUUCUGUUUUUUAAAUUUUCAGGCAAACCUCACAUAACUUCAGUAAAGUGGGAAUUACUUGGUAGUGAAAAGCGAUAGAAACGUCGGAUUUUCGUUGUUGUCUAUUCUAUAUAUUUAGUCAACUUUUGGCGUAUAAAGAAGGCAAAUUGAAUACUUUACCAGAGCUAUCACAGACCAUGUGGUUACGGGACAGAAAAAAUAAUUUUUUUACGAUCACAAAUUCGGAACAAAUUUGUGAAAAAACAGAACAAUCGGUAACAAAGGUAAUGAUGUAG